AUAGAUAGGAAAUCGUGGGCCAGAAUGAGCAUGGAAGAGUCAAGACUUUCGCAGAAGAAAUCGGGCGACCAGCUCAAACAGCUGGAGCACCAGCAGGAGGCGCCACCGUCGCCCGCCGACGACGUCUUCAUCGUGGCGCCACCUGCCGAGGAGAAGCGGCAGCAGGCAGACGUGGCGCCGCCACCGGUCGAUACGUGCGUGGAAGCGCUGAGACUCGCAGAGAAGAAACAGGAGUAUACAGGGCCGUUCAGUUUCCUGAAGGGGAGCAACAGUUCUGGCACGGAUGAACGGUCGCUGACGCCGCUACCGAGUUGCGUCGAUCCGGAGUUCGUGACCUUGAGACUCGAGGAUUUGGAGGUCGUGGCGACGCUUGGCAUGGGCGGGUUCGGACGCGUCGAGCUGGUGGCGCUGUCGGCUGAUAAAACGCGCACGUUUGCGCUUAAGUGCCUGAAGAAGAAGCAUAUUGUCGAUACACGUCAACAAGAUCACAUCUACUCCGAAAAGAAGAUCAUGAUGGAGGCCAGGUGCCCCUACAUCUGCAGGAUGUACAAGACGUUUAAGGACAGGAAGUACGUGUACAUGAUGCUGGAGGUGUGUCUCGGUGGCGAGCUGUGGACCAUCCUGCGGGACAGGUGA